AUUCAUGUUGCAUUUGGCUUCUGGUUAAGAUAAAAGCUUCAACGUGUAUAUAUAUAGUAAGCAAAUGAGAAGCUGAGAAGACGAAUUAAGAAGAUAUUAAUUAUUGAAGCAUGUGCUGCUGCUCUGAAGAUUGUAAAUGCAGGCCACUUGGGUUUCUGUUGGGCCUGCCUUUUGCCUUUUUGUCUCUUCUUAUCUCUCUUGUUGGAGUGGUUGUUUGGAUUGUUGGGUUAAUUUUGACGUGCAUAUGUCCCUGUUGUCUUUGCGUGACGAUCAUAGUAGAGUUUGCUCUGGCGCUCAUCAGGGCUCCAAUUGUGGUUAUGGAGUGGUUCAUCUCUAAGAUUCCAUGUUAAAGUAAUCCUUCUAUUUUCAUUUAAAAUAAUGGUUUGGUAGAUUGUCUUUUCAUUGAUUAUGUCCACACAACAAUCAUACUUCAAAUUUUAUCAAAUUCAAUCUCUCUCC